CCGGGUGUACCAUCGCCCGGAAUGGCGCCAAUAACGAUUCCGGGCGGUCCACCGUCACUAGCUGCCACCGGAUCAUCGCCUUCAGGCAAUCGAUUAAGUCUGUCGCCGAUCAGUUCGGCUGCCGCCGCUGCAUCACUUUUCAAUCCGACAUCACCGGUACCAGGCUCUUCACCGAGCACCUCAGCACCAACCACUCCGACCGGUGCUGGUGUUGGCAUGAUUGGUGGUAAUAGUGGUGCUGCUGGUAGUGGCGGUUUUGGUUACAGCGAUGGAGCUCCUCUGUACCAGCGUCCUUCAACGUUGCACGUCCUCAAGCAUAAGCUUCACUCGUCGUCACCGUGUGCCAGUGGCAAAUCGUUGCACACGGGUGCGACCGGUGGUCGUCCAUCGAAUCGUCGGAAGUCGGCCGAUCAUAUGCCACUGUCACCGCUGGCACGCACCCCUAGCCCAUCACCAUUGCCCGCCUCACCGACACGAUCCUCCAGUCCACUGGCGUUCCCCGUUGUUCAUCCACUCGGUGCAUCCAACACGACGCAAUCGUACAGCCCCGGUGGAUUGCCUGCUACCGGUGCCGGUGUCGGCAUCGGUGGACUACCGGUGACGGUACCGGGCAUCGUGGGCGGUACGAUCGUUGGUGCAUCAGCAACGCCACCAACCAAGAAGGGAUUCCCGAGAGCGAAGACGGCCGAACCGAGCUCACCGCUGCUACGGCGUGCCCUCUCACCCGAUCGAUUGCAUCCACGGAGUGCGGCCGAAAGCAAGUGCGUACUGUCGCCUCUUUGCUGUAACACUUCGUUGAAAACGACACCCCGAACGGUGGCCGGCAUCUGGCGCUCGAACCAGAACUCUACCAUCACAACGGCUGCCGCGAUGACUGCGACGGGCAUUGGCAGUGGCAUUGCUGGUGCCGGUGUGCCAUCGGAACCGACACCACCGGUAGCCGUUACGGCUGGUCUGGUGAACACGAAGACACCGUCAUCGGUUGCUGCAACGAUAUCCGGUAACAACACUACGACCACGGCCGCCGGCGCCGCCUCAUCGGAUAAAAUCACUCACUCGAUGGAGAAACUGUCGAUCAAACAACAGAGUGACGCGACGAUCUCGGCUACCGGUAGUGAUAAAACAGGAGGUAAUGGGAAGAAAGCGAAAGAGUAGAAGCCAACGCACGAUCACGAGUGCGGAAUGCGUCUGCACGAGGAAGAUUGAUGAACUCUCCCUCCCUGUGUUGCUGUGCGGUGAUUAUCCGACGAAUUUUGCUCAUUUGGUUUUUGCUGGUAAAAUGCUUACUCAACAACAACUACUACUGUGUUAACCUGUUAAAUGCGCUAGCGUUACUCGUCUUGGUUCCAAAAUCUAAACCGUGCUCUCGAGUGUGGUGAACGGCGCACGCACGCACGCACGAGUAGAAGAAGGCAGAUAGUCAGUCUGGUGUAGUGAUGAAAAACCAGGAAGCUAGGUUCUGCUUACUCCUUCGAUGCUUAGUUUUGAUAACGAUCCUUUAUUAUUAUCAUUAUUAUUAUGAUUACUAUUUACUAUUAUUAUUAUUAUUAUUGCUAUUAUUGCUAUUUGUAGUACGCAUUAUUAUUUCGUUUGUAAAGGUAUCGUGAGCGCCGUGAGCGUGAGGCAGGAGCUCUCUCUUCGCGCUCCGCUAGCUUGUACCACUCUUCAUCCCCCGCUACAGAACUUGUUUUAUUUAUCCAAGAGCAUCGCUUCGAUUUCAAUAUUAUGCGCGUAGUGCCGGUUGGGAUAGGGAAGAAGUGGAUGAGUAAAAGAAGAAGAAGAAGAAGAAGAAGAAGAAGAGAAAGGAACUAGCAGAAGAUCGAUCGUGUUCCAGUUCUCCACGAACCCAUUCAUGAUCGCACUUUUAAUAUGUCUCCCCGAGAUGGCGACGGUGUUACUGAAAGGGAAAAUAAAUUGUCUUCACAAAUUCGAUCCACCGGCUUUUCGUUUCGAUAGGGAGCUGGAAGCCAUGUGAUCUGCGUGUAUGUGUGUAUGUGUGUAUGUGUGUGUGUGUGUGUUGUUCUAAGAAGAAAGAAGGACAUGGGUAGCAGUAAAGCAGCAUGUUAGCGUUUGUCCCUGGUAAAGACAUGCACCGUCAAGGCACUACCAUCUCCACUAUACACCUACGUCGUCAACGUCGUGAGUGUCACCGGAACUAGCAAAGGAAGUAGCUAUAGGCAAGAGAUCGUCUCGCUCGCGUUGUUAGUAAGAUUGGCACCGAGCACCACUGGAACUUGUAAUGUGUUCUUCUUAGAAUAAUAGCUCCACUCACUCUCGUGAGUCGGACGGUCCCCUUUUUGUGUUCGCACAUCGUGCACCUUACUGCAUUAUAACAGGAUUGAGAAGCAAGAUUUUUUGGAUAAUACUGUGCACUAGGCCCCGGUAUGUUUCCUCCCUUUAUAAUGUUGAAACUCAUUUUCCGAAUGUUCACGCUUUGCUGCACGCCACUUUCCAAUAGUGAUCUAGCCUUCCCGUUAAAGAUGUUUCCACCUUCUCGUAGCUCUGGAGAUCGUAAAGCAAAAAGUCUCAAAAAUAGUAAACGUAAUGGAAAGGAAUCCUCCUAUUCAACAUACCCCGGUACUUCCCUCGAUGUGCUAGAGCCUGCAUAACAGACGGGACAUGAUCCUCUGCCGUUCGAUCUGAUGGACUAGUAAUCGCCAAUAGACUCUAAAUGAUACAACUAACAACUAGCUUACACACAUAGUGCAAUAGUGGGACAACCGAAGAGAGGCCUCGCUGUAUGGCCCACUAGUGGUUCGCUAGUAGUGAAACCCAACCACAAACCAACUAACGCAAUAGGGAAAGUAAAGGAAACCCGUUCAGCGGAAGCUUGCAGUACUUCUUUAGGUUUUCCUUCUGUAGCUAUAACCACGGAUCUUUGUUGGAUUUGCUCAGGGCAAGUGAGAAUGGCGACGAAACGAAGGUUAGCAAAUUGUGAAAAUGGUUGACAAAUGACACAUUUAGUGAGAGAGAUGAUGGGAACGGAGAAUUGAGAAUGGCGAGCGAUAGCAUAUUGUUUUGUGAUCUUUAACAUUUAACACCGAGUGGUUUAAUCCCAACUUUUGAUACGUAAGUUCAUGAUGAUAAGGUUGAUACCUCAGUUGUAUGUGUGUGUGUGAGCAGCCGGCAUGUGUGGAUCCUUGAGUGUAUGUGUGCGUGUAUUUCAUCGGAUUGUAUGAUUUCUAUUGUAAAUAUAUCUAAUUUGAUGAAAGUGCAGAAACCAAUAAAGCUGUACUUGCACGAUGAUGGUACAGGGAUGCAGCGGAUAUUCAGCAAUUGAUAAUAAGAAAACAAGUAAGAGAGAGACAGAGAGAGAGAGAGAGGGAGAGAGAGAGAGAGAUAGAGAGAAAGAAAGAAAGAAAGAAAGAGAUAGAGCGAGAAUUGUAAAGCAUUGAAACCAUUUUCCUUCCGAUCACUGCGUUAUCAGAUAGGAACCGCGGAUGAUUUUGCUUCCCAAUUUAUCAUCUUAUGAUGUUUAUGGUCUGCUCUGCGGGUUCUUUGGUUUUCAUUGCCCUUUCCAUUCCCUAUUCGCGCGUUUCCGCAAGGAUGAACGUCUCUUUGCACUACACUCGAGAUGCUGUAUUGUCUUCAUUUCAUUAUCGCUAACUGGUCAGAAAAAACUGGACAGAAAAAAAAAACAUGUUCGCAUGGUACACCCAGCGACAUUACAUUCUCAACGUAGACACGCGCAACGCUGGAAAGCAGCGAUCCACGUUCCGGACUAGAGGCAAAUAAAAUAACGAGAGAACUGCUAGAGUCCCUUCUCCGUUCGAUCGGUUGCAUAUAAAAUGUUAAACAUAGAAGAGGCAAACGGCUAAACGUAAGGACAGAAGGAACAAAAAGCGAUCGUGGUCGUGCCACCAGACGUGGGCGUUCCGCAACCGCGAACACAUAAACCUUAACCAACUGGAACUGAACUAUUCAAUUGAGUGUAAGCUGGGACGAUGGAGAAGAGCGAGUUUUGUGCGGUACGUGGAAGGAUGUGGAACCGCGUAACCCACGAUUUGAAUUACCAAUAAAAGUACUUAUCAUCAGUGUUGCUGCAGUGUAA